AUGAUUGAAGAACAUAAUUAAUAAUAUUUUGUUUUACAAAAUUUUUUAUAAUCAAAAUAAACCAACAUUUAUAACCUUGAGCUACAGCUAAGAUCAAAUUUAUUUGAGAGCAAACAAGCAGAGGAUUUAGGGAGAGGAUUAAGGAACAGUUCUAAUUUAAAACAAUUGAUACUUAACUUAGAUGAGAAUUAGCUGAGUGAUAAAGGAGUUUUUGGAUUUUGUUCUGGAUUAGAAAACUGUUUAAAUCUUGCAGAUUUGACUCUCUUUUUAAAGUAUAACUACAUCUGCGAUAAUGGAGCUUCUUAUUUGGGCAAAUCUUUAGGAAACUGUUAAAAUUUAAACAAUUUAAAGAUAUCAUUAAGCUAGAAUAAUAUUUAGGAUCUAGGAUUGGCAAAUUUCAGCUCAGGAUUUAAAAAUCUGAAUAAUAUUUAAAAUCUUACUCUUGAUUUAAGUUAAAACAAUAUUUGUGAUUAAGGAAUAUCUGCUUUGAGUUCAGCAAUUGGCAAUUUCUAAAAGCUAGAAAAUCUAUACCUUAAUCUAUUUGGAAACAGCAUUAACGACAUUGGAUUAUUUGGAUUAGGAUCUGGAUUAGCAAAAUGCCCUAAUCUCAAAAAUUUAAAUCUAAAUUUGGAUUGCAACUAUAUCGGUGGUAAUGGAGACAAAAGCUUAGGCACAGGAUUAGGAAUGAGCUCUAGUCUCAAUAUUUUACAGAUUUCUUUACAAAAUAAUAAAGUUAAUUAGUAAUGGAUUUCUAGUUUCUGCCAUGGAUUAGGCAAAAGUUAAACUAUUUCAACUCUAAAAUUAGAUUUAAGAUAUAACGCUUUUAAAUUUUAAGAAGAGGUAUCUGACUUUUGUAGUGGCUUAAAAAAUAGUUAAAAUCUAAAAAUAGUUGAUUUUGAUUUAAGAAAAAAUAAUAUAGAUAGUAUAACAGCCAAUUAAUUAUUCAAAGGACUAGGAAGUUCAAUGAGUCUUGAAAAGUUGAAACUUAAUUUUAGAGAAAAUAAGUUUGGUGAUGUGAAUGAAUAAACAGAAGGAUUUGGCUUAAACCUUACAGAAUUUAGAAAUCUAAAAGAAUUUGAUAUAGAUUUAAAUUAAUGCUAAUUUUCACUCGAUACAGUUUAAAGUUUGGGUUACAUACUAUAAAACUCUAAUUAACUUGAAAAAGUAUCAAUAGAUUUAAGUGAAUGCAAGAUUGAUAGUACAGCGGUAUCUGCCUUAGGUGAAGGAUUAAAAAAAUCUUAAAAUUUAGUCUAUUUAAACCUCAAUUUAUAGAAAAAUUUUAUCAGAGAAGAAGGAAUUUUUACACUAUCAGAAGGAUUAGCUAAGUGUGCAAAAUUAAAUCAUCUGAUUAUAAGCUUUUUCUAAAAUCAGAUUGACAUGGCAGUGUUUAAUUUCUUAGGAUCAGAAUUAAUAAAUUGCAAAAACUUAACUAUUUUAUAGUUGGAUUUAAAUUAUCAAAGUGUAUGGCCAAAGAGAGUUGAAAAAUUCAUAAUGUUUGAGCACAUACAUAAAAUGAGAAAAUUAGUUAUUAAGGAUAUUCAUAUUUGA